UAUUGCAUAACCAAACAAAAAAAAACAAACAAAUACCACGCGUAACCAAGGAGAGACACACCGUGGGAUUUAAAACAAUAUUAUUUUACCAAUUUAAAGUGUUAGACUGCUCCUAGAAGACCGCCUUGGUGAUAUUUGAUGAGAAGGACAAGUUGAAUUCUCCCAGCAUGCAUUUGCUCUGUCAGCCCGUUCGCGGCGCUUUCAGUUGCUCUUUCUACCUCUACUCAGUGGAGCGACUGCGUCCAAAUCGAAACGGGUCGAAGGGUUCUGGAGCUUUAUCUGACCAUAAGAUCGACAACACCCUAGCCCCGUUUUGAGACAAUUAUCAUUUACACAGACAUUCCUGAACCCAACCUCAUUUCACCGUCAGGUGGGUUCAUUUUUCAACAGCCACCAUGUUAGUGGCUCCUCUCUGCUUGGUGGUCUUUCUUUACCUCGGCCAGGCGUUGGGGGCACAGCUUCCACAUUUAAACUGGCGUGACGUCAACAGUGCUCAGCCGUUCCCCUGGCUUCAUAUGAGACUGCCCCAAACGGUCGUACCUGUGCACUACGACCUAACAAUUCACCCCAACCUGACCACUCUCAGCUUCACCGGAGUCGUUCGCAUCCAGCUGGAUGUACUCGAAGAGACCAAAGCCAUCAUUUUACAUGCAAAGCACUUGAAGACCUUCAACGUGAAGCUCAAGACGCCCGAGGGGUCGAGGUCUCUUGAGGUUAUCGAGAAUUCUGUUUACCAGCAGCUUGCCCUGCUCUCACACGAGGUGAUCCCCAAAGGGCGGGACUACGAGGUUCAUAUGGAGUUUGCCGCAAACCUCUCGGACAGCUUCCACGGUUUUUAUAAGAGCAGCUACCGCACCAGCAGCGGGGAGCUCCGGACUCUGGCAUCGACGCAGUUUGAAGCCACGUUUGCUCGAACAGCCUUCCCUUGUUUUGAUGAACCCGCCUUCAAAGCCAACUUCACCAUCUCCAUUGUACGCGAGGCACGACAUAUCGCCAUCUCCAAUAUGCCCAAGAUAAAAACAGUGGCGUUACCCGGAAAUGUGUUUGAGGAUCACUUUGCCACCACGGUAAAGAUGAGCACGUAUUUGGUCGCCUUCAUCGUGUCUGACUUCCACUCCGUCAGCAAGACGACCCAACAUGGCGUCAAGAUUUCCGUCUACGCCGUAGCUGAGAAAAUCAACCAGACGGACUUCGCGCUGGACGCCGCCGUGAAGCUGCUCGACUUUUACGACGACUACUUCAACAUCCCUUACCCACUUCCCAAACAGGACCUGGCUGCUAUUCCCGAUUUCCAAUCCGGAGCGAUGGAGAACUGGGGCCUGACCACCUACAGGGAGUCGGCCCUUCUCUUCCACCCUGAAAAAUCCUCCGUCACUGACAAAGUGCACAUCGCCAAGAUUAUCGCUCACGAGCUUGCGCACCAGUGGUUUGGCAACCUGGUGACGAUGGAGUGGUGGAAUGACUUGUGGCUCAACGAGGGUUUCGCCAAAUUCAUGGAGUUCAUUGCUGUCAACGCCACCUACCCGCAGUUCCGAGUGAACGACUUAUUCUUGGGCAAGUGUUACACAGCCAUGGAGGUCGACAGUCUCCGUUCAUCCCACCCGGUUUCCACCGCUGUGGAAAACCCCACCGAGAUCCAGGAAAUGUUUGACAAAGUGUCCUACGAUAAGGGAGCGUGCCUUCUGAACAUGCUGAAAAACUUCCUGACACCUGACGUGUUCGAGGUUGGCAUCCUCCGCUACCUGAAGCGCUAUAGCUACAAAAACACCGCCAACAGCCACCUGUGGGAGAGCCUGACCAAUGUUUGCAAUCUGAAUGAUCUGCCAGGCGCGCCAACAAAACAGAAAGAAUUCUGCUCAAAACGCAUCCUCCCAUCGGGAGAAAACUACGAUGGCGAGAAGUUGAACAUCAAGACCGUCAUGGACACGUGGACGCUACAGAAGGGCUUCCCGCUAGUCAACAUCGACUUGAAAUCGCGCAAGCUAAUUCUCACCCAGCAGCAUUACCUGAUGACGGAGCCAGAGCCCGCCACGACUAAAGCCCUUGUGGAAACGGAAACGCCCAUUUGGCAGAUUCCACUCACAUACAAGACGAGUGACUCUGCCACAACACACUACCACCUGAUGAGAACUGCAGUAGAUCUCUUUCGCAUUCCCAACGACGUGGACUGGAUCAAGUUCAACGUGGACAUGAGCGGCUACUACGUCGUUCACUACGGCAAACAGGGGUGGAAGAACAUGAUUAAACUGCUGCACAACAACCACACGGCGCUGAGCGGCAAGGACCGAGCCAGCCUCAUCCAUGACGUCUUCCGGCUCGUCAGUAUCAAUAAGCUGGGCCUGGAAACAGCUCUGGACCUGACCGCAUAUCUCUCCAAGGAGACCGACAUCAUAUCAGUGACUCAGGGCUUUCAAGAGCUCCUACCCAUCUACAAACUGAUACAAAGGAGGGAACUUGGUCUUCUCGAAGACAGCAUGAAGAGUUUCAUGCUGGACUUGUUCAAGCACUUGAUUGACAGUCAGAGUUGGGACGAUUCCGGUUCGGCGUCGGAGCGAACGCUGCGCAGCUCCCUGCUGGUGUUCGCCUGUGUCAGGAACUACACCCCUUGUGUGACGAAAGCCAAGCACCUGUUCAACAUGUGGAGGGACUCGGAUGGCCAAAUGAGCCUCCCCGUCGACGUCACCCUGGCCGUGUAUGCCGUCGGGGCUCAAACAGAGGAAGGGUGGGACUUCCUGUUUGAGUUUCACCGCCGGGCCUUGCAAAUGUCCGUUCAGACCCGCAUCAGGAUUGCCUUGGCGAGCAGCCCGUUGCGUCAAAAGCUCAAGUGGAUCCUGGAGCAGAGUCUCCUCGGCGAGGUGAUUAAAACUCAAGACCUGCCACACUUGUUGGUCUCUGUCAGCAGGAACCCCCGAGGCCACAGACUAGCGUGGGACUUCCUCCGAGCCAAUUGGCAGACCCUGAUCAAAAAGUUUGAAGUUGGCUCCUCCUCCAUAGCGCGCAUGGUGAAGGGCGUGACCGACCUGUACUCCACCAAGACAAUGCUAUCGUCGGUGGAGAAGUUCUUCAGCUCUCUUACGGUGGAGAUGGGCUCCGAGAUGCGAUGUAUCCAGCAGACUUAUGACGCCAUCCGUGAGAACAUUCGCUGGGGCGAAACCAACUUCUCCGUGUUGCAGUCCUGGCUGAAAAAACGGACGACCAGGUUUACUCAUGAGGACUUGUAAGAGGGAGGUGGAAAAAAAAGACACUUUUUAGAUUUCUUACCCAAAAUGUAAUAUUUUGGGGGACAGGUGGGUCGCAUUUAGGGGAGAAGCUUCCACAUGUUUUAUUGAAACAUCUUAGUGAUGUCAGUCUGUGCCAAGUUGUCCUUGGGUUACAUAAUUCACAAGCUUCAAGAUCAUACCGAAAUGUCUUCAACUGAUUUUCAUUUGGGUUUUAAUUUAUUAUGAACUGUUAUUUUACGACUUUUGGGUUGACCCCAGGAGUUUCUCAAUAUGAAGUCCAUGUGUUUUUCUCAAUGUUGUGUGCCAAAGAGGUCAAAAUGCUUUUGUCCUUUGAGAGAGGGUUUUUUGGGUUUUUUUUUUUACUUUAAAUGUUUCAUGGGUGAAACACUGACCCUUGGGGUGCUCCCCGUCCUUGUGUGGACCCUCUCAUGGUAAUCUGUGCUUACUCUACUCUGUUCUACAUCAUCCAUCAGUGUGAAUGGGAGUGUGACUACUUUUUUUUUUGUCUGUAUGUGCCUUGUGUAAUUCCAUUCUUAACCAAAGUCAUCAAGGAUAGGCCUCCCGAUCCUGAACAGGAUAAGCGGUUAGGAAAAUGGCUUUAAGGUCCACGUUUCCAACUAUCCCUUUGAUAUUUAUUUUCUUCACGACGAUGAAUGCUAUUGUUUUGUGCUAAUUCACUGCUAUUUUUGUUCAUUGAUGACUCUGAUACGACUUGUCACUUUUUAAUGCUGUUGACUUGGUGUUUCAGGUUUUGUAGAACCUGAGCAUUGCUGUUGAUUGCUGCUGUUUUCAUGGAUAUACGGGGUAUCGAUCACAUCUGCACGCCAUUACAACCGGGAUUUGUUUAAUUUGAUUGAAACGUCCUGUGACAGCAGGACGUUCAAAUGAGACUUUUACCCACUUGCAUAUUGCAAUGUAUGAGGAAAUCCAGAUGUCCUUUGGGAUACACUUGUUUUUAAUCUUGAUGAACGUAUCAAGCAAACCUUGCAUUGUGUCACUUGGAUUAUUUAACAAAAAAACAGAUGCACUUCAGAUUUGAUUUGACUUUGACUCAUCGCAUCCCUAUUUUGACCAUCACAAACAAACCGAAUUGGAAACAUCUCUCUUGUCCAAAGUACGUUUCAGAGUAAAACAGUUCUAAAACCGCCCCUGAUUUGUGUGGACUUUUUUAUAUCCACUGAAGCAUAUAAUACUUGUUACCACAAAUCUGCCUAAUGCAUGAAAAAAAUGCUUAGCUGUUGAUUUGUGUCAAGAAAUUCUCCACAGGACCUCACUGUGUCUAAUGUGGUCUGAGGAGAGACGGCGUGGCCGGCGGUAGCGUUUACUUUAAAACCUCUGCAGCCGUCAUAAAUUCUUGCGCUAGACCUUUGGCACAUACCAAUAAAAGGCACCGGAUACUAUAAUAGAAAACAGCACAUCUGCAGUAUCCGUGUGUGCCAGCUUCAACUUGCAUUAGAAAGUCAACCUUAUUCAUUCUUUUUCUGCGCUUAACCCUUGCACAGACCGGGCCGCGGGCCGCUCCCUGGCAGCAGCACACCCAAGUCAGAAAAACUCCUGCUCCACUGAGCCCUUGAGUCCACACCUGAGGGGGGCCGUCACUGCGACUCAAGGUCUGACUGCUCUUCUGUUGCAAUCCACAUUCGUUGACCUCGAAGGAUGGCUUUCAGCAGCAUCCCCGCUCUCGAGAUCUUCCUGGCCGUCCUGGGCAUCGGUCUCCUCAUCAUGUUCUGCACCACCUUCUGCAGGGCGUGCAGCCGCCUGAGGGAGGAGGAGAUCGAGAGGGAGGCGUGGAGACGGACCGAGCAUGACGGUCGCCCUCCUUCCAUAUUUUUCAUCCCCUUUCAUGGGAGACUGUCGCAGCAGCAGCAGCAGGAAGAAGACCAACACCAACCUCGGUACAGCCAAGAAAUUUUGACCCCACCACAGUACAACACUGCCGGAGGCUACUGUGGACCUCCGCCGUCCUACACCGAGCUGGGCUUUAAGCCCGACGAUUUGCCGCCAGCGUACACUGAAUACAACGUGAACGCCGUAAUAGCGCCGGCUCACACGGACACCGUCCAAUCUUCGACGCAGCCAUAAAGCCCUGCAGCUGUGACGGGUUUAUGGACAGACUAGACGUCCGAUUAUUUCACUGGAGCCACUGGACUUUAUCUUGAAAGUGUGUGUGUGUGCGUGUGUGACCUUGGAGAGAAUGAACGCAAAGAUAAUGGACACUGGUGAAUUGGCAUCAUCAUUAGAAUGACCUGAAAUUCAUUUCACAGUUUGCUAAACAUGUAUUUUUUGGGAGCAAAUAAUUGUCUAAAUAUAUAUUAAGAGCAAAGUAGCUGGUCUACUUACUAACAAAGCGCAAAACCAUAAUUUUGUAUGCUCCAACCC